AUGACAGUUAUUUUCAUGAAAAAGGAUUCUUACAAUAUGUACGCACUAUUGAUUUUACAAUUAAUCUUUAACUAUGAUACUGUGAAUUCAUGGAAUGUUUAUGGUUUUCUGGAGUCACAGAUACCAGAACAAGUACACAUUGCUUUAGGAGAAAAGCCAUCUACAAUAAGUGUUACAUGGGUUACGCAAGAAAAUACAGAGAGUUCAACUGUAUUAUAUGGAACUGAACGUUUAAAUAUGAAAAGUACUGGUUAUGUCAAAGAGUUUGUCGAUGGAGGACGUGAACAACGCGUGAUGUACAUACACCGAGUUAUAAUAACAGAUUUAAUAGGAAAUACUUUAUACAAUUAUAAAUGUGGGAGUAUGGAUGGUUGGUCACCGGUCCUACAAUUUCGUGCUCUUCCAUCUCAUCCUUAUUGGUCACCAAGAUUAGCUGUUUAUGGAGAUAUGGGUGCAGUGAAUGCAACUGUGUUACCUGAAUUAAUUCAUGAAGUCAAUGAACUAGACAAUUUCGAUAUGAUUUUGCAUGUAGGCGAUUUCGCGUAUAACAUGGAUUCUGAUAAUGGAAGAGUUGGGGACAAGUUUAUGCGCAAUAUACAACCAAUCGCUUCAAGAGUUCCCUAUAUGACAUGUGUUGGUAAUCAUGAAGCUGCCUAUAACUUUUCAAAUUAUAAAGCAAGAUUCAGUAUGCCGGGAGGAGAUGGAGAAUCCCAAUUUUAUAGUUUCAACGUUGGACCUGCGCAUAUUGUAGCUUUUUCUAGUGAAUUAUACUAUUUUCUCUUUUAUGGUUGGGAAUCUGUAGUAGCGCAAUAUGAUUGGUUGAUAAGAGAUUUAAAUGAAGCGAAUAAACCUGAGAAUCGUAAAAUUCAUCCAUGGAUUAUUGUAAUGGGGCAUAGACCAAUGUAUUGUUCAAAUAAUUUUGAUCCUAUGCAUUGUGAUUUUGUUGAUAAUAUCAUACGUACUGGCUUUGCUGUAACACACCAUUGGCAAUAUAAAAAAUAUAUAUUGGGAUUAGAAGAUUUAUUCUACAAGAAUGGUGUAGAUUUAAUUGUUGCUGGUCAUGAACAUUCUUACGAAAGAUUUUGGCCAGUUUACAAUAGGACAGUUUGUAAUUCUACUACUAGUCGAAAUCCAUACGAAAAUCCGAAUGCUCCAGUCCACAUUGUUAGUGGAGCUGCUGGAUCAGAUGAAGGAAAAGAUGCAUUUUUAGAUGGUGGUAAGCCAUGGUCAGCUUUUCGAUCAAAUGACUUUGGAUUCACUCGUAUGGUAGUGCAUAAUUACACUCAUCUGGAAAUCGAACAAGUUUCAGUUGAAAAAGAAAGAACUGGAGAAGUAAUAGAUUCGUUUACAAUUAUCAAGGAGAAACAUGGGCCAGGCUUAUAUACCUGUCAUAAUCCAGAUACCCAGCAUAAAAAUAUAUUUGAAAACAUGUAA